CGCUCCCUCUGCUGGUGACGGCAUCGCAGCACGAAGCCGAACCCAGGAGAAGCUCAGUUCGAGGCCUGGUCCUGGACACUCGGAGAUCCCGGGCCGACGAGGAGAGGCUCGUGUCCCGGAGAACCUGAGGCCGAGAGCGUCCCAGCCCGGCCGAGGCGCGUCCCCAGGAGAACCUGAGCCUACGGCCCAGCUGCGGGCCGGUGGGGGAACUUACCCACGAUGGUGCUGCUGACGAUGAUCGCCCGGGUGGCCGACGGCCUGCCGCUCGCUGCCUCCAUGCAAGAGGAUGAGCAGUCUGGACGAGAUCUGCAACUUUAUCAAAGCCAGGCCAAGCAGCUGUUCCGCAAGCUUAAUGAGCAGUCACCCACUCGAUGUACGUUGCAAGCAGGAUCCAUGUCCUUCCACUAUGUGAUAGAGAAAGGUGUCUGCUAUUUGGUCUUAUGUGAUGCAUCAUAUUCAAAAAAACUGGCUUUUGCGUAUCUUGAGGACCUGCAGGCAGAAUUUGACGAGCAGCAUGGAAAGAAAGUCCCAACAGUCUCCCGCCCUUACUCGUUCAUUGAAUUUGACACAUACAUUCAGAAAACAAAGAAAUCCUAUAUUGAUAGCAGAGCACGGAGAAACCUUGGCUCCAUAAACACAGAGCUACAAGAUGUGCAGAGAAUAAUGGUGGCCAAUAUUGAAGAAGUAUUGCAGCGAGGAGAAGCACUCUCAGCUUUGGACAGUAAGGCCAGCGGUCUUUCUAGCUUGUCGAAGAAGUACCGACAAGAUGCCAAGUACUUGAACAUGCGUUCGACAUAUGCUAAGCUGGCAGCCGUCGCCGUUUUUGCAGUAAUGCUAAUAGUUUAUGUACGAUUCUGGUGGCUCUAAAAUUGACUGAAUGUAAUGUGGCGUGAGUGAUCUGUGCUCAUUGCACCAAAUUCUGAGAGUUCCUGGAAUGCACUUUCUCUGAGGCCUGCAAUUUAUUGCCAGUUAUUCUGGAUAUUGGUCUGUCUUUAUGUUGUAAUUACUAUGAUAUGAUAGGCCUUUAGUAUUUGGCACGAUUAAACUACAUUUACCAAUGACAGAUGUUGAACUGAAGAAGCCCUUUGGAAUGUGCAUUCUAACAUCUGAAGACGAAUAAUAAAUGUUAAUUUUGUUUUCUGAAUCAUUUUAAGAUUGGAAAUUUUGAAAAAUGCAGUAGCAAAAUCAUCCACAGAGAGAAUGACCUUCUGAAAUCUGUCUGUCCACAGGCCGGUGUGGAUCGGAGCAACGGGGCUGAGUGAAAGAUAACAUUGUGCUGUAACUGUGUAGAAAUUGAUCUCACUCGUACAUUGAAUAAAAUCACAUACCAUCAAAAUGGCUUUAUCAAUUACAAGGACAUACAUUGGUUUUAAAUGUUUGUUAGAAGAUGCUGGGAGAUCUUUCUCAUCUGUGUUUUCUCUACAACCUAAUCAAGGAACUUGGAGAUCAUUACUGUACCUUCUGUAUUGGUGUCUUUAUAUAGUAGGUAUACACAUCAGUUGUUACAAAGAGAACAACUGCCUGAUUUAAACAUACGAGGUAUCAGCAGUUUCAAUUUAUUGCUUUUAUGUAUGUCACUGCUGACAAAACCCAAGAUGAUGAUCAGACACAGAACACAUCUGAAAAGGUGUUUUUUUCAUAUUUUCUGAGCUUCGGAGAGAGAAAUAAAGAGUGAAAGAAAGAUGUGAUUGCACUGUAGAGGUGCAGGGGGCACUCACUGGGGAUGGGGUAUUUUUGUUUCAAGGAGAGACUCGAUAGGUUGGGGGUUUUACUUGGGGAGGAAAAAGCUGAUUCAGGUGUACAGAAUUGUAAGGAUAGGUCGUGAGAAACCUGACCCCUCAGCGAAGGGGUCUGUGGUUAGAUAGCAAAGGUCUAAAGUAAGAUGGAGUAAAUGUAGGGGAGACCUGACAGUUUUUUUCACUCAGAGGUUGAAAAUAACUUGGAACUUGCUGCCCAAGGGAGUUUCUCUCACAAGAACCUUUCAGAUCAACAUUGAAAUGCCAAAAUAUAGACACAGGUGUGUACUUGAUGGCUGGUCUGGACAUGAUGGGCCAAAGGGCCUUUUUCUGUGCUCUGACUCUGUUUGAUGCAGCUAAUUCACCAAUUCAAAACACACACACAAUAAAUAAAAACAGUAUAUUUGAAUUAAGGCAGACAAUGCACAUCUUCAUGUGUCAAUAAACACAAGAAAAUCUGCAGAUGCUGGAAACCCAAGCAACAUGCACAAAGUACCGGAGGAAGUCAGCAAGCCAGGCAGCAUCAAUAGAAAAGUGUAAAUAGUCAUUUACUUUUUUUCUAUAGAGGCUGCUUGGCCUGCUGAGUUCCUCCUGCAUUCUGUGUGUCAAUGUCUUUGACUUCUGAGACUUCUAAGGCAUUGCAUUUCCGAACUUGCUUUGAAGUUUUUCUAACACUGAAGGGAGCCUGUUUUUGAACAGUCAUCAAUUUCAAGAUUUGUUUUCAUAUGCUCAUCACCAUAAUAACUGAACAAGUAUUUUCCUCAGUCAAUAAGGAGACUAUUGCAGGAAGUCGUAUCAUAAAGCUCUAAGUCUCUCUGCACUGCUUGUACCUACUGCUACCCUAGUCUCUCAGCUGGAAGCUGCGGGAAAUGGGGUUGUGUUGGGAAACCUGCUUUAGAAGUCUUGUCAGCAAACAUCUUCUGCUUUGCCAUUACUGAGAUGAUGAGUUCACGUUUCAAUCUUCAUCUUCAGAAAACUGUGGGUGCGGGUUGUGGAACCAUUAUAUGUUGGUAAGGAAUCCUGUAUCAACUUGUCUUGCCCUUGCGGAUGUAAGGCUGAAAAUUUUUGUUAGAUUUCAGAAUCAGGUCUUUGUCACUGAUGUAUUGUGAAGUUUUUUUUUGUUUUGUAGCAGGUGGACAGUUUGAAACAAAAAUUAUUAGAAGUGACAAAAAGACGACAAAUAUGAAGUAGUGUUCAUUGAUCUUUCAGAAAUCUGAUGGCAAAGUUCAAAAUGGAAUCUCAUGUGGAUAGGGUGGUGGUGAAAGCUUUUGGUAUGCUGGCCUUUAUUAAUCAGAGCAUUGAGUAUAGGAGUUGGGAUGUAAUGUUGAAAUUGUAUAGGGCAUUGGUAAGGCCAAAUCUGGAGUAUUGUGUACAGUUCUGGUCACCGAAUUAUAGGAAAGAUGUCAAUAAAAUUGAGAGUACAAAGGAGGUUUACUAAAAUGUUGCCUGGGUUUCAUCUCCUAAGUUACAGAGAAAGGUUGAACAAGUUAGGUCUUUAUUCUUUGGAGCGUAGAAGGUAGAGGGGGGACUUGAUAGAGGUGUUUAAAAUUAUGAGGGGGAUUGAUAGAGUUGAUGUGGAUAGGCUUUUUCUAUUGAGGGUGGGAAAGAUUCAAACAAGAGGACAAGAGUUGAGAGUUAAAGGACAAAAGUUUAGGGGUAACAUGAGGGGGAACUUAUUUACUCAGAGAGUGGUAGCUGUGUGGAAUGAGCUUCCAGCAGAAGUGGUUGAGGCAGGUUCGAUGUUGUUGUUUAAAGUUAAAUUGGAUAGAUGUAUGGACAGGAAAGGAAUGGAGAGUUAUGGGCUGAGUGUAAGUCAGUGGGACUAGGUGAGAGUAAGAGUUCGGCACGAACUAGAAGGGCCGAGAUGGCCUGUGUCCGUGCUGUAAUUGUUAUAUGGUUAUAAAGUUAUAAAGUGGUUACUGUUGAAGUUCAGGCUGGAAGUAGUUGGGUGACCACUAGGAAGAGCAAGUAGACAGAGAGUGCAGGAUUCUCCUAUGGCCAUUCUCAAAAACAAGUGUUCUGUUUGAAUAUUAUUGCAGCACAUUCUCAAAGAGGAGAGUGUGCUACCGUAAAUUAUUGUGCAAAUUGGCACAAAUGACUUGAGUAGAAAUAAGGAUGAGGUCCUGUGGAAUGAAUAUAGGGUGUUAGGGAAGAAGUUAAGAAGCAAUACCUCCAGGGAGGUAAGAUCCAGAUUGCACCCUAUACCAUGGGAUUCUGAGGGAAGGAAUUUUUACCCUCACAAGACAGCUGAAGAAUUUGCGCAAAGGGCAGGAAUUCGUAUUUUUGGGCCAUUGGGAUUUCAUUUUGGGCAGGGUUGACCUGUAUGAGAGGAAUGGGUUACACCUAAACAGAAGGGAGACAAAUAUCCUAAUGAGCGGAUUUUCUUGUACCACUAGGAAGGGUUUAAAUGAGAUAAUUGACAGGCAGGAUAGUGAUAGAAAAAGGAGCAAAAGCAAAUUGAGCUGGCAGGACGGGAAAGAGCAUGGUAAAGUUGGGAUUAAAUUGAAUGUACUUCAGUGCAAGAGGUCUGGUAGGAAAGAUGGAUGAAUUUAGGAAAUGGAUAGGUAUUUGACUAGGGUUUUAGAGCUAUUAUUGGAGAUAUGGCUGAUGGAAGGGCGGGUGUAGUUUAAUGUUAUGGGACACAGGUGCUUUUGACAAAAUGGAGGAAACAAGGGAGAUUUAUUUUUGAAGAAGAGAAACAUCAUGACAGUAGUUAAAGAUGAUGUUACUGAAAGAUUAUCUGGUGAGGGUUUAUGGAUGGGACUGAAAAAUGAUCACCUUUUUCACCCCUCUUUCCCCAAGUAGUCCUUGGGAAUUAGAGGAAUGAAUGUGCAGGGAAAUUGGGUAGAGUUGUGAGAAGAAUAGGUUUAUCAUUGUGAGAUUUUAACUUCUAUAAUAGUGUCAUUGUAUUAAAGGUCUAUCUGGAAUAGAACUUGUUCAGUGUGUUCAGGGAAAUUUCCUCAGGCAGAAGGCAGAAGGUUCCACGGACGGAGCAAAGUUAAAUGUACUGCUGGGGAAGAAAGAAGGUCAAGUGACUGAGGCCAAAGUAGUGGAGCAUUUGACAUCCAGCGUCCAUAGUUCCAUGAUUUUAUAAAUGGUUAUGGAAAGGCACAGAACUGGUCUGCAGAUUCAAAUUCUGAAUUGGGACAAGGUAAAUUUUGACAGCAUUGGAUAGGAGCUUGCAAAGUUUGCAGGCAAAGGGACCUCUGAUAAAUGUGAGGCUUUUAAGUGAGAUAGCAAUAAUUCAAGGACUACAUAAAAGGCAAAACUGCUGGGAACCCUGGAUGCCAAUAGAUUUUGUAACUCCUGUCAAGAAAAAGGAGGCUUAGGUUUAGAAAUGGAUGGCUGGGAUCAAUCACUGGAGGCAUAGAGGAUGUCAGAAUACACCCGAGAAGGAAAUUAGGCCAAAGGGGGCAUGACAUGGCUUUAGCAGAGAAUUCCAAGGAUAUUAAAGUAUAUUAAGGUGAUAAAAUGAUUAGGGAGAGAAUAGGGUCCCUCAAAGACCAAUUUGGAAAUCCUGGAGCAACUGGAGAUGGCAGAGUUCUCAGUAUUAUUUCUCAGAGUCGGCUGUGGUCGGGUGCUUCCAAUGCAUAGGCAGUUGUCGGCACCUGGAGGUUUACGGUAGGAAGAGUUUCUCCCUUUUGCCGCCUGCUAUCGGGAGUCGAUUGGAACUUUGAGACUUUUUUUCACCAUGCCCAUGGUCUGCUCUUUAUCAAAUUAUGGUAUUGCUUUGCACUGCUGUAACCAUAUGUUAUAAUUAUGUGGUCUUGUCAGUGUUAGUCUUUGGUUUGUCCUUUUUUUAUGUGAUAUCAUUCUGGAGGAAUAUUGUAUCAUUUAAUGCAUGCAUUUCUAAAUGACAAUAAA